UGAGCGGCAGCAGGAGGUCGCGAGCCUGCUCGGUCGGCGGGCGUCCUCCAGUCCUUCCCUCGCUGGGUCACUCGGCAGGGGCCCGCGCGCACGCGCACACGCCCUUCGCGCGCCGCCCCCGCGCGCCGCCGCGUCCUCUGACCCCCGGCCACGAGCCUCUGACAGCUGAGGGCGGCAUGCGGGACUACGACGAGGUGACCGCCUUCCUGGGCGAGUGGGGGCCCUUCCAGCGCCUCAUCUUCUUCCUGCUCAGCGCCAGCAUCAUCCCCAACGGCUUCAACGGCCUGUCGGCCGUGUUCCUGACGGCGGCCCCGGAGCACCGCUGCCGGGUGCCGGACACUGCGAACCUGAGCAGCGCGUGGCGCAACCACAGUAUCCCGCUGCGGCUGCAGGACGGCCUCGAGGUGCCGCACAGCUGCCGCCGCUACCGGCUCGAGACGAUCGCCAACUUCUCGGCGCUCGGGCUGGAGCCGGGGCGCGACGUGGACCUGGAGCAGCUGGAGCAGGAGAGCUGCCUGGAUGGCUGGGAGUUCAGCCAGGACAUCUACCUGUCCACCAUCGUGACCGAGUGGAACCUGGUGUGUGAGGAUGACUGGAAGGCCCCACUCACGAUCUCCUUGUUUUUCGUGGGUGUGCUGGUGGGCUCCUUCAUUUCAGGACAGCUUUCAGACAGGUUUGGUCGGAAGAACGUGCUAUUUGUGACCAUGGGCAUGCAGACAGGCUUCAGCUUCCUGCAGGUCUUCUCAAAGAACUUCGAGAUGUUUACCGUGCUGUUUGUCCUUGUAGGCAUGGGCCAGAUCUCCAACUAUGUGGCAGCAUUUGUCCUGGGAACAGAAAUUCUUGGCAAGUCAGUUCGUAUUAUAUUCUCCACGUUAGGAGUGUGCAUAUUUUAUGCAUUUGGCUACAUGGUGCUGCCACUGUUUGCUUACUUCAUCAGAGACUGGCGGAUGCUGCUGCUGGCGCUGACGGUGCCGGGGGUGCUGUGCGCCAUACUCUGGUGGUUCAUCCCUGAGUCCCCCCGAUGGCUUAUCUCUCAGGGACGAUUUGAAGAGGCAGAGGUGAUCAUCCGCAGGGCUGCCAAAAUCAAUGGGAUUGUUGCACCGUCGACCAUCUUUGACCCAAGUGAGCUAGAAGACCUGAGUGCCAAGAAGCAGCAGUCCCACAGCAUUCUGGAUCUGCUCCGAACCCGGAAUAUCCGAAUAGUCACCGUCAUGUCUAUAAUUCUGUGGCUGACCAUAUCCGUGGGCUAUUUCGGGCUUUCCCUUGAUACUCCUAACUUGCAUGGGGACGUCUAUGUGAACUGCUUCCUUUCGGCAGUGGUUGAAGUCCCAGCAUACGUGUUGGCCUGGGUGCUGCUGCGGUAUCUGCCCCGGCGCUAUUCCAUGGCCACUGCCCUCUUCCUGGGCGGCGGCGUUCUUCUCUUCGUGCAGCUGGUGCCCCCAGACUUGUAUUAUUUGGCUACAAUCCUGGUGAUGGUGGGCAAGUUUGGAGUCACUGCUGCCUUUUCCAUGGUCUACGUCUACACAGCUGAGCUGUACCCCACAGUGGUCAGAAACAUGGGCGUGGGAGUCAGCUCCACAGCCUCUCGCCUGGGCAGCAUCCUGUCUCCCUACUUCGUUUACCUCGGUGCCUACGACCGCUUCCUGCCCUACAUUCUCAUGGGAAGUCUGACCAUCCUGACAGCCAUUCUCACCUUGUUCCUCCCAGAGAGCUUUGGCACCCCCCUCCCAGACACCAUUGACCAGAUGCUAAGGGUCAAAGGAAUGAAAUAUAGGCAAACCCCAAGCCACACAAGGAUGUUAAAAGAUGACGAAGAAAGCCCCGCAAUCCUUAAAAGCACAGCCUUCUAAUAGAACCUCCAGUAAGUGAGAAAGUGAAGAGGAAAGAC